CGUUUGAUAAGCAACAGGAAAAUGUGCAUAUUCAGGGGAAACAAACUGAAUGUAAUGGAAAGGAAAUGGCGGGUCAGUGGGCUAGCCACUGAAACUGCAUUGUGUCUCGACGGGACGCGCUAGGGCGAGUCGAGUCCAGUCCACACCAAGGAUCGCAUAUUGUGGUGAGAGGGAGAAUGGUUCUCAGGGGUGGUGAUUUCGUAGCCAUUUCCUGUUGGUCCACCAUCUUGCUCACUCAUUCGUCUUUUCUGUUGUGCUUUAUCCGUAGGAUGCACUCUCACCACUACGGGUCUCGGGUCUGGUCAUUUGGGCGGGUCCUGGUGCCAGAUCAGUAGAGCCAGCACUCAUACGUGCGCAACCGUGUUCGUCUUGCUGGCUCGCCCGCUCUGAUUUGCUCUGCCCCUGCUUCCAUGGCCGCCAAGUAGAAGUAGUGUUAGUGGAUCUUUUGUUGUAGCGUUGAGCGGGGCUGCGCGGGGGUGCAAGCUAGGCUCGGAGUGCAGAUCGACACCUGGGUCGGGUCCUGGAGGUCUGUCAUCGGUCUGCUUUCUCUGCGGGUCGACGUCGAUGUAAGAGGAUCGGACUGGUCAGGACUGGGGGGCGUAUUUACGAAUUUAUCUGCGAGCCCGUACUGCGAGCAAGAUAUUCCACUGCAAGUGACCUUUGGAAGGUCUACUUGACGGUCGUGUGACUCUUCGAGCAGUUACUAUGCUUCUCUGUGCGAUCAUCUAUAUUGCUUUCGAUUCGCAGCAGUAGCUGUAGGCAUACACGCCAUUUUCGAUCUUGUUUAGGUGCCAUUCUGCGAAUUGUUUUCCUGGUGUCAUACUGACAGACGAGUCGAGUGGAGGCAAGGGGAGUCGAGCAGAGCACAACUUUUCUUGCUUCACUCGUUCCGGUACUUCUCGUCUGUUCUUCAAGUAGGUGAAUCGAGACAGGGUAUUCCGGUGGCAAUAUCUGGGACAUCCUGAGGAAUGAGGAGCACGUGGGAGCAGGAAACUGAGAAGGGGACGGAAGGUCUAAGGUUUUGGUGAUGAAUGAACGACAUAGCACGACCUGGUUCGAGUGAACACACUCAAUUUAGCGGGGAAACUCUUAGAUAGCGCUAUGGAGCGAGGACCCUCCGAACAUGUGUUGGCAUUUCCGUCGUACCGUUGCCAUCAUGUGAGUACGGAAUCUCAAAUGCAGAACCAGUGGCCUAUUUCAAGUGAGACCAGCUAUUGCCCUCGGUGUCUCAGGGCACAAACAUCCUCAUUUUGUCUUCUGCCUUACUUGGGCACGGUACUGGCAGGCUUCCACCAUUUAGAUCGAACGCUUGUCAACAUUUCAACCAUCACUGCCCUCUGAAUUGACAAAUAUUUUUUUAGUAGUCAAUAAGGUAUGGUUACCAGGAAUUACUUGACCACACCACUCAAGCUUUUCCUGGUUCAAUCAGUGCGCACUUUCUGACUAUUGUACACAUAAUCUUCGUUCCAGCGAUUCGCAGUUGGUUCGAGGAAACUUUGAUGCAACUUUCAAACUACGAGCACUUCCAACUUUGUUGUGCAUGAUAGAGGAGUCCAUCUGACGGGUGGAGGGAAAAUAACUAUAGACAAGAUCACACCUACAGAGGAGCAGCUGGCAAAGAUGCCGGCCUCAGCAGCAUGGGCCCGCCCGGAAGAGCUUGUUGAGAGUUUAAGCUCGUUGGACAAUACGGCGAGGUUGAAGGCCCUCCGAGAUGUGAAGAAUCAGAUUAUCGGGAACAAGACGAAGAAGCUUUCUUAUAUAAAACUUGGAGCCGUACCCAGGGUAGUGGAAAUUCUCGCAAGUGACACAGAAGUUCCUCUGUUAGUUCAAUCCGCCGCAGCAGUUGGAAGCUUUGCUUGUGGCAUUGAGGCAGGAGUGAAAGCCGUCCUUGAUAGUGGCGUUCUACCCCAUCUUCUCAAAAUGCUCUCUAAUGGCGACAACAAGGUGGUGGAAGCCUGUGCAAGGUCCUUGAAGAUGAUAUUUCAGUCCACUUUGGCACCCAAAAGCGAUAUGUUCCAAGGCCAUAGGAUGGAGUUAAUAAUUGAACUUCUUAACAGUGAAAAUGAUAGUGUGGCCGAAGUCGCAGCUAGUGUCCUGGCUAGGUGUUGUGAAACUGUUGAUCAUCAGCGGGCUCUGGCUGACGCAGGGGGUUUGCAGAGCCUUGUCGGUCUCCUUAACGGUUCCUUGAAAACUCGAGAAGCGGCUUUGGAUGCGCUAGCCGCUCUGACCAGGGGUAAUAAGCAGUUGUGCUCAACGUUAACAUGUAUGGAUCAAGGGAAAUCGCUAGCUAUGAUUAUGAAGUUAGUGAAAGACAAGUCGUCACGGACAAGGUUGUUAGCCUGUACUUGCUUGGCAAAUAUUGGCAAGGCGUCACCUUCGAGUUUGCAUCAAGAAAGGGAAAUAAGGGCAGGCAUGCUCAGUAUUCUUGUAAAAUUAUUUGAUGAACCUGGUCAGGUUGGUGAAGAAGCCCCGGGUGUACUAGCAGACCUAGUUUCUAACAACGAAGAUUUGCAAAAGGUUGCUAUGGACAUGAAUUCUAUCGAAAAGCUGGCGGAAUUUCUUCGCAAAGAUGAAAUAUCUCCUAAGCAACUUGCGGGCGUGCUCAUGGCCCUGGCUGAGUUAUGUUCGCGUUUUGAAGAUAGCAGAAAGCAGCUCCUUGACCUGAAGGUACAAGCUCCCAUCAUAGCCGCUUUAGAGCAUGAUUCUGUUGGUGUGCGUGCUGCAGCAUGCUCUUGUAUAAAAAGUCUCUCUCGUUCAGUCCAGAAUCUUAGAACAGGCUUGACAGACGAGCUCUUAGUCCUACCGUUAUUGAAGCUGCUCAGUGAUUCAUCAUCAGAUAUACAGGCAUUAGCUCUGUCUGCAGUGAGCAACAUUGUACUAGACUUCAAGCCUCACAAAGCAGUUGUGUUUAGGUGUGGUGGGGUCAGUCAGCUCAUACAGCUGUCGCAGUCUAUGGAUCCGAUACUAAGGCUGAACGCAGUUUGGGCAUUAAAGAAUCUUUUAUACAUGUCUGACAAGACUGUCAAGGAGAGAGUUAUGGGAGAACUAACGUUCAACUCUCUUGUCGAUCUAAUAUUUGAUUCUGAGGAGAAGGUACGAGAGCAAGCGAUGGCCUUGGUUCGUAACCUUGUAUACGGUGACGUGGAUUCUGUGCAACUCGCUCUUGUUCAGGAUUCUGUAUUGCUCCAUGCUGUUGAGAAACAACUUCAUGUAUCAACACAACCUGAAAUAUGCAUCCAGUCUUUCAAGUGCAAUACCUACCAACAAUCUACAAUGGACGAACGGAAAAGUAACUCUACAUUGAGGUUUCUUAUGUUAUAUUUCAGGGGCUUUAUAUUGUAAGCAACGUAGCAGCUGGUAAUGAGGUGCACAAGGAGGCUGUCAUGGACAUUGUGAUUCCAGUGACAUCCGUUGGUGUCAAUCGAAAUACAUCAUUGUUGAUGAGAUAUUUACAAGACAUGAGCAACCCGCAGAUUCGUGUGGUGGCUCUUUGGUGUGUCAUUAAUCUUACAUUUCCCAACAGUCCUGGUGUAUCCAGCCGCAUAUCAAGGCUCCGAGAUGGUGGUAUUGAAGCACAACUACAGAGUAUGGUGGAUGAUCCCUGCUUAGAUGUAAAGGAUCGUGCGAAAACCGCACUAGAGCAGUUUUCUGCUGUUGAAGUCCAUUCGAGAUAACACGCGGUUCCAGGAUCUUAGGCCUGUCUCUGCUCCAUGGUAUGUCUAGGGAGAACUCUUUUGUUCUGGAGUCUUGAAUCAGGUGGCUGGUUUUGGUUGUGAUGUCGGUUGCUUCCGAAGGAGAAGAGGUUUGAGCAGUGCACGACACCUGGGGGCACCUCAAUCAUCUGACCAUGGUGCACAAGAUACCUGGACGAAGCUCUUGUUGAUGUCGCCACAAAGGGCCGAGGCCAUUAUAUGCAUUCGACGUAAGCUUGCGGUACUAGGAGCAGUGAUGAAUCGAAAAUCUCUCAAGUUGAACCUGGAGUUUCAUUUGGCUUAAUCAAUCGACCUCAUGAAGAUAGUGAGUUUUCCCUGUACGUCAAGUAUGACAUAUCUGGUUAUACUGCUAGCGAGGUCACGACAGGAAGAGCUGGACCUGUCAUGUUCUGACAGGGUUUACUAGAUGUAACUUCACUGUGAUGUAGUUUAAAAAAAUAAAAAUUUCGAAGUAGAUGUAGGUCAAAAGUUUCAUUAAACUCAUCCCAAAGUGGUGUCUUCAUUGUUAGAGGAAUCAAAGUUUCCGCAGUAGGCCUCUCCUGUACUGUUUUGGACUCAUUCAUACUUGUUCAUUGAACUUACCUCCACACCGCGUCGGAUGUUUGC